AUGCGGUUUCUGCUUCAGUCAAUAACACUAGUCGCUGCGGCGCGCGCGGCAAGCAUCGACCUCGAAUCUCUUUUCGGCCCAUACGUCUCGCCUGAAACAGAGAUCGCCGAGGUUGGCGACGCGGAUUUUGACGAGGUCGUAUCACCCAGAUGGUCCGAAUGGAGGCCUCCGACCUGGACAGGCGCGAUCAAGCCGCAGACCGAGGAGGAUUUACAGGAGAUUGUCCGCAUCGCCGUCGCGAACAAUGUCAGCUUCAUGGCCACCAGCGGUGGCCACGGCACUAGUCUGAUUUACGGCACCGUCAAAGGGCUUGAUAUCAACCUGGCCAACUUUAACAACGUGGACAUCGAUCUGGAGUCCAACACCGUCACCGUUGGUGCGGGCGCAAAGCUGGGAGAUAUCACUGAGCCGCUCUAUAAAGCGGGCAAGGCCAUCCAGACAGCCCGCGGCAACUCUCCCUGCGUCGGGGUUAUUGGCGCCACUAUCGGCGGCGGAAUUGGGUACGAAACAGGGCUCUUCGGCCUCGGCGUGGACGCACUCGUCUCUGUCCGCAUUAUCACUGCGACGGGCGAGCUGAUCACUGCGAAUGAGACCUGCAAUAGCGAUCUCCUCUGGGCUAUCCGCGGCGCCGGUGCAAACUUCGGCAUCAUCACCGCCGCCACAUUCAAGAUGUUCGACCAGCCGAACAACGGCGACGCCGUGAUCGGCACGUUUGUGUAUAACUCAUCCAAGAGUCUCGGCGUCUUCGAGUACCUCUCUGUCCUCGAUAAUGUCCUCCCUCCUGAACUGGGAGUGCAGCUCUCGAUCGGGUACGACCGCACCAUCAACGAGACCCUCUUGACCGUGGACAUCAAGCACUUCGCCCCCUGGGCCACUUUCGUCGACCACUGGGAGCACGCCGAGGCGCUCGGCCCGAUCAGCCGGAACGUAUCGAACGUCACUCUUGUCGAGCUGUACGCUGGCCUCGACGGACCCUGCCAGACGGGAGCCUACGUCUCCGGCGGUACCGUAGGACUAGGCCGAACAGACGCGGCCACCAUGCAGGAGGUGUUCGACGACAUGACCGCGUUCUACGAGCAGUACCCGGGGUAUCUGGGGCAGAGUCUGUUCCAGCGAUACGCGAACAACAACACGCUCAAAACGCCUGCGCACACGGCCGUGUAUCCCUGGCGCGACACGAAGAUGUUUUGGCUGCACGAGAAUAUAUUCUUGAAUCCGGAACUGGAGGCUCCAACGAACGAGCUGCUGGUCUCACUGCGCGAAAAGCUCCAUGCCACCAGCGGGUUUCCUGCUGACCAGCCACAUAUCUACGUCAAUUAUGCAUUUGGUGAUGAGGGGCCGGAGGCGUGGUGGAGCAAGGAGAAUCUGCCAAAGCUGUCGUAUCUCAAGAGAAAGUGGGAUCCCAAGGGGGUCUUUGGGAAGGGGACACCUAUUCCGAGGUUCUAG